AUGGCGUCGGACGGAGGCGCGGCGGGGGGAGGAUCCGCUGUGCGUGGAGCUCCCGGAGCGACUCGCCAUCCUGCCGUUCCGCAACCGCGUGCUGCUGCCGGGGGCCAUUCGGCGGAGGAUCCGCUGUGCGUGGAGCUGCCAGAGCGGCUGGCCAUCCUGCCGUUCCGCAAGCGCGUGCUGCUGCCCGGGGCCAUCAUCCGCAUCACGUGCUCCGACCCCAGCAGAUAUUACUGCCUUUGCCGAGUAGGUCGUUUCGUCGUGCGGUUGGUGGAGCAGGAGCUGUGGCAAAAGGACAAGCCCGCGCUGAUUGGAAUCGUACCUGUUAUAGAGCCUCCUGGUUCCGCGGAUAGCACUGGAAGCGGUGCUGCUGCUAGUGGCAGUGCUGCUACUAGUAACGAUGCUGCUAAUGGAGGUGAUGGAAAUGCGGAAGGAGGAGCAGGAGGGACGGGAGGGACUGGAGAGACGGCAGGAGGAGGGGAAGGGGCGGCAGAGGGAAAGGCGGUAGUGCGCGUGUGGGGGCCCAGCGGACCAGAGGAGGUGACGGGGGGAACGGCGAAGCUGCUGCUGGAAGACGUGAAGUGGCACCCCAGGUGGGCUGAUGCUGCAGUGGCAGCACAAACGCUGCAGGUGGCCAAAGUAGCCGCUUCUCCUCCAAACCUGUGCAAACCCUCCCUCCUUCCUUCCAUGUACCUCCCCCCGGCUCCUUCUCCCUCUCCCAAGGGUGUGGGCAGCACGGGCGCUGCUGAUGUGGCUAAGGCCGUGGAGAGGCCCACGAGCCGGGUGCCUUGGGGUGUGGCAGCACGGGCGCUGCAUGUGGCCAAGGGCGUGGAGAGGCCCACAGGCCGGGUGACCUAUGCGGGUGGUGCUGCAGGUGACGUGCGGUGGUGCGACGAGGUUCGACGACGGAGGUUCGGCGGCUGGAAGCAGCUGCUGCGAGUGGUGGAGGAGCUGGCGCGGGUGAUGGAGCAGGUGAGGCGGCUGGGAAGGCAGCUGCUGCGGGUGGUGGAGGAGCUGGCGCGGGUGAUGGAGCAGGCUAGCAGACGUGCUGCUACUGCCACCAUCUCCUCGAGGAGCUCGCAUUCUUUCCAUCCACUCCCGCUCUCCUUACCCCUCUCUUGUUCCAAUCCCCCUUGCCCCCUCCACCCACGUGCUCGUGGCCGCGUGGAGCGUGGAGCUGGCAGGCUGGCAGCUCACUCAUUUGCUGCCCCAUCUCCCCUUUCCCACUCCCAGGAGAAGCAGCGGCAGGUGACAGGGCUGAGGAAGGUGGCAGCAGAGUCCCAGCAGGCAUCGGCCGGGGAGAUGCAGAGGCUGGCAGAUAUACUCGUGGCCAGCGUAGAGGGCGGUGGCUGGCAGCGCGCCUGGCGAUGCUGGACGCGGUGA